AUGAUAUAGAUAAAGAUAAAAUUUUUAAUUCUGAUUAAAUUUCUAAUAGCGGGAAUAUUUGUUUUUUUAAUAACAAAUAAUUAUUACAAACAAAAAAAUUAAUUAAAUUUGAAAAAAAAAAGGAUAAUUAAAAAAAAUAUGAUAUUUAUAAAGGGUUAAUACAAAUCUCUAGAAGAAUUUAGUGGUUAAAGAUUUUCUGAUGAGUCUAUACUUGAAGUGAAUUAUUUUAAGAAACCAACAGAUCCUAUAAUAGAGUCUAAUAUUAUUGAAACUUUUUCAAAUUUACCAUAUUUAAAAACACUAAUUAUCGAGCCUGAUUAUGAUAGUUGUCCUUCCGAUAUUGAGUUUCUAACUAUUUUAAUAUCAAAUUUAAAAAAAUGCACCAAACUCUCUACUUUAUCAAUAAAAUUAGGAGGUAUCAACAUGAGUGAACAUAUUGAAGCUUUAAGCUAGGGCUUAGUAAAUUUACCAAAUCUCUCAAAUUUGAACCUUGAUCUCUCUUACUGUAAAAUAGAAGAAUAGAAAAUAUCAAUUUUAGGAUCGUAAUUAGCUUAAUGUCAUAAUUUAUCAAUUCUAGCUAUUGAUCUUGAAAAUAAUUUCAAUGAUUUAAGUAUAAAUGGUUCUAAUUUUGCUUAUAAUUUAGCUUUGGGAAUUUCAAAAUGUGCUAAACUCUCAGAAUUGACUCUCAAAUUAGGGUCUAAUCAAUUAGAUGGAAAAGCUUAAUCUAAUAUAUGCUCUGCCUUAGAUAAUUGCUCGAAUCUGAAAAAAUUAAGAUUAUAUCUAUGCUCUAAUCGUAUCGAAGGAAAUGGGCUCUUGGGUUAUUCUUCUAAUAUCUUUAUCUUUCCUAGCUUUAAAAGUGUUUCUACUCUUUUUCUUGAUUUUAGUCACAAUAGCUUAGAUGGGUAGCAUGCCUCUUAGUUCGGAGCAGCUUUAUCUUAAUGUCAAAACCUCUAAAAUUUAGAAUUAAUAAUUCGAGGUAAUGAAAUUGGUGCAGAGGGUACAGCUAAUUUAGCAUAAGGCUUAGCAAAAUGUUAAAAUCUAUAAAAAUUAAAACUCUAAAUAGACAAUAAUAAAAUCGGUGAUGAUGGCAUAAGUGAAUUAGCAAAUGCUUUGAUGAAGUUACCAGAACUAUCAGAUUUGUCUCUUUUGCUUAAAUCGAACAACAUUAAAGAUAAAGGAAUAGCUAACUUUAGUUCUAAAUUACCUUAAUUUGUUAAUCUCAAAUACUUACAACUUGAUUUGUGGUACAAUAGAAUUGGCUCUCUUGGAGCUUACUUCUUAGGUGAAAAACUAAAAUAGUGUAUCAACUUUUCUACUCUAAUACUAGAGCUAUAGUAUAAUAAAAUAAAUUAUGAAGGUGCUUUAAGCUUAAGCAAAAGUUUAACAAAUUUAACUAAUCUUUAGUAUUUGAAAUUUGAUCUCAGGUUUAGUAAAAUUGGAUAUUUUGGCCCAUCUGAAGUUAUUUCUACUUUGGCAAACUGUCAAAAUCUGAGAAUAUUGUAUUUAGGGUUUGGCGAGAAUAAUAUAGAUGACUAAGAAGAGCUAUUAAAGAGAAAAAUUAUGAGGAUAAAACAAUUAACAUAAUUCGAACUAAACUUGUACGAUGACUUUGGUGAGGUUUCUGACGAUAGUGGAGAAGAAAUGGAUGACUGA